AUGGCUGGGCGAAGCAAAUAUAAUUCUAGACUCCCUGAUGGCCGAAGGAGUGUAUACUGGUCGAACAACCCGGCCUGCUCAUUUGCAUAUGCCUUGACACAUGUUGGUGCGCGAAAGGUUCUGGAGCUAACGGGCUCUGCUCAGGACAAAGCCUUUGACGUGAAGAUGAUGGGAGAGUGCAAAGUCGGGAAUCUGAAAUGUAUUUCGGUCGUCCCGGAAGUAAUUCAUCAAUACUUCCCGGCCGAGGAAUAUGGUGUGAAGAGCCUGGUUGAUAUUGGUAAUGGUGAGGUUGCGGGGCCUUCAGAUGCGAUUUUUGAAUCCACCAAAGGCUCCACAGAAAACAUUCUUUACAGUGCUCGGUGUCAGUCUCUAUGGGGAGAGACCUGCCUUCGACAAUAA